UACGAAUGGAGCAGGAUGUCGAAAAGUUCAUUAGAGAUCCUACUAGAGAUCAGAUGGAAUUCCAACAGCUGCCUACUUCUUACUUGAGGUUGGCUGCACAUCGUGUGGCCCAGCACUAUUCGCUGCAGUCUAUGGUUUUAUUGGAUAAUUCGCCUGAUGGCUCUGGUUCCCGAAUUAUUAUACGCAAAACGGAUAAUAUUCGCCUUCCUUCUAUCCGUCUUGCUGAAAUUCCUGUUAAGCUACCAACGGAUGAUGGUGUUGUUAAGGUUGCAAUCAAGCAAAGGCCACAGAAAGGGUCACAAACUUUAAGUUCUAAUUCACACUCUUCAAAAUCCAGUGGUUCUAAAAGCGUUGAGGAAAGAAAGGAGGAGUAUAAUAGGGCUCGAGCACGGAUAUUUAGUUCCAAUAGUUCUAGUGGGAAUUCCAGUUGGAAACCUGAAAACGAGCCAAGGAUGAAAGACAGUUUCCAGCAAGGUUCGUCCAGGAUAUCAAACAUUGAAGAGAGAUAUUUUCCCGGAGGUGGGCCUGAUCCUAUUCGUAGAAGUUUGUCUGAUUGUUCUACAGUUAGCAGUAGAUCACCUGUCAGUAGGACAGAGGAGUCCAUUGGUAGGUUCAAAACUAAUAAUAGGGUGGCUAUUUUUCGGGACCGUGAAGUUGAUCGUGCAGAUCCUGAUUAUGACAGGAGCUAUGACAGAUAUACGCAAAGAUUUGAUCCUGGUUUUGGAUAUAAUGGCGGCCCAUAUGCCAUUCAGCCUAUGUAUGCACCUGCUUUGAACUAUAACACUGAAUUUCCACAGCUUGGAUCAAGUCAUAGACCUCCAAUUUCUGCUGAACACCAACCUCAUCCCAUUCCCCAACAUCUACCUGGGCCAUGGGUUGCAUCAUCAACUCCUGCUGGUAUUGGGUAUGGUCCACCAGAGACAAUGAUGACUCAAUUUAGUCCUAGUCAUGUCGGUGCACGCACCAACUCUGCUCUCUACUUGCACUCUGCCCAGUAUCCUUCUCACCACUCUGGAAUGCCGCUUAUCCGUCCCCAUGAAGCAAUUCACCAACCUUUUCCACAGGUAUGAUGAAUGUCAACAUUCUUAUCUAUUUUUAUGGUCCUAUUGAUUGGUGACUGGCCAAUUGGUUUACCUUUUACCAUAUUUACCCCUCUGCACUCCAACCCAACUGCUUGAAGCAUAGAUCCUUGAUGCAAUGCUUUUGAUGUCUAGUUUGGAAUACUUGCAACGGUUUGUCAAUUGGACUUCAAGUAUGUUAUAGGUUUUUUUAAAUUUUUUACUUUCUGACUCUGAGUCAGACGACAUUGGCAUGUCAAGGACAUAAAACCCUGUUUUGUAAGUUUUGGAAUACUUAAUUACUGCAAAUUUAAUCUUAAA